CGGUAAACACGUGUUUCAAGACAAUAACAUUGCAAAGCACAGCAAAUUAUAAAUGACAGAAACAGUUCUGGUAAUCGGUAGUGGAGGAAGGGAACAUGUGUUGUCAUGGAAACUAUCAAAGUCACCAAAAGUCGGUCAGAUUUAUGUUGCCCCAGGAAAUGCAGGGACUUGUCAAUCCAAGAAAAUAGAAAAUGUUGAUUUAAGUGUGAAAGAUUUUAAUGCUGUUGUGAAAUUUUGUGAUGAUAAGAAAGUUUCCUUGGUUGUUAUUGGACCAGAAGAUCCGUUGGCUGCUGGGAUAGCUGAUACCCUGCAACAACAUGGUAUAUGUUGUUUUGGCCCUAGUGCUGCAGCUGCACAAAUUGAAGCCAGUAAAAGUUUCUCUAAACAGUUUAUGGAAAGACAUAACAUACCAACAGCUAGAUUUCAAACAUUUACAUGUCCAGAUGCUGCUAUCAAACAUAUUAAGAGUGCUACUUAUAAAGCAUUAGUUAUAAAGGCCAGUGGAUUAUCAGCAGGGAAAGGUGUAGUGGUAGCACAGAACAAAGACCAAGCAUGUCAAGCUGUUACUGAUAUUUUGGUGAACAAGAAAUAUGGAUCUGCUGGUGAGGAGAUAGUUGUGGAAGAAUUUCUAGAAGGAGAAGAAGUUUCGGUUUUAGCAUUUUGUGAUGGAGAUAAUGUUGCUCUGAUGCCACCAGCACAGGACCAUAAGCAGCUGAAUGUAGGGGACCAAGGACCUAACACUGGAGGAAUGGGGGCUAUAUGUCCGUAUCCUCAGAUUUCACAACAAGAGUUACAAGUUAUAGAAAGAGAUGUAAUACAGAAAACAGUGUUUGGAUUAAAGUCAGAAGGCAGGACAUAUAAAGGGGCACUGUAUGCAGGAUUGAUGUUAACACAAGAUGGACCAAAAGUUUUAGAAUUUAAUUGUAGAUUUGGAGAUCCUGAAACACAGACCAUACUUCCUUUGUUGGAAUCUGAUUUGUAUGAUGUGUGCAAGUCUUGUGUUGAUGGGACAUUAAAACAACACCCACCUGUAUUUUCACAAGAUAAACAUGUGGCUGGAGUUGUUCUUGUUAGUGGUGGAUAUCCUGGAUCUUAUCCUAAAGGGUUAGCAAUCACAGGUAUAGAUGUUGUUGAGAAAACUGGUUUACAGAUAUUCCAUGCUGGUACCAGUUUGAAAGAUGGCACUACAGUAACAAGUGGUGGACGAGUGUUGGCAGUGAUUGCUGUUGACAGAUCCUUGAAAACGGCUUGUGAGAGGGCCACAGAUGGGGCCAAGUUUAUACAGUUUCAGAACAGUUUUUACAGAAGUGAUAUUGGAUUUAGGUUACUUACUAGAAAUCGUUUACAAGUCCAGAUGACAUACAGUGAUGCAGGAGUAAGCAUAGAAACUGGUAAUAGUUUAGUUCAGGCCAUUAAACCUCUGGCUAAGUCAACCACACGGCCAGGAUGUGAUGCCCUGUUGGGAGGAUUUGGUGCUUUGUUUGAUCUGAAGGCUGCAGGAUUUGUGGACCCAGUUUUGGUGUCAGGAACUGAUGGGGUUGGCACAAAAUUGAAAAUAGCACAGGAAGUUGGUCGCCACGACACUAUAGGGAUUGACCUUGUUGCUAUGUGUGUAAAUGACAUACUGGCCCAUGGUGCUGAACCAUUGUUCUUCCUUGAUUACUUCUCCACUGGUCAACUUAGUGUUUCCAUGGCAACAGAUGUCAUUGCAGGCAUCACUAAAGGAUGUAAAGAAGCUGGAUGUGCCCUUGCAGGUGGAGAGACCGCUGAAAUGCCUGGAAUGUACACAGGAAGUGAAUAUGAUCUUGCAGGAUUUGCUGUUGGAGCAGUUGAAAGGACUUGCAUUAUACCACGUCUUGAUCAGAUUGAGGCUGGAGAUACUUUGAUAGGAUUACCUUCCAGUGGUCUCCAUAGUAAUGGGUUCAGUCUAGUGCGGAAGGUUAUAAAUAAACUGGAGAUGACCUACGACAUGCCCUGUCCUUUUCAAAGAGGAACUACAUUAGGUGAUGUAUUACUUACUCCUACCAAAAUAUAUGUUAACGAGUUGUUACCCCUGAUGAAGGAAAUGAAGGUCAAUGCAUUUGCUCACAUCACAGGAGGUGGACUUGUAGAAAAUGUGGCUAGAAUUUUACCAUCUGACUUAGCAGCAUCUAUAGAUGCUAACAAAUGGAAUAUCCCUGCUGUAUUUGGUUGGCUUGCUGAUAAGGGUAAUAUAAAUGCCAGAGAAAUGAGUCAUACCUUCAACUGUGGUAUUGGUGGUGUGUUAGUUGUAAAGUCAGAUGAAUCUAAAGGUGUUUUAAAUAGUCUUAUAAGCAGUGGAGUCCAGGCCACUAUAAUUGGGGAAAUUGUCAGUAAAGAAGAUAAGUCAGUGACUGUACACAACCUAGUAGAUGGAUUGGAUAGAAGCUGGCCCAGGACACCUGUUCUGCUACAGAGAAAAAGGGUUGCAGUAUUGAUUUCUGGAUCUGGGACAAAUCUACAGGCUUUGAUUGAGCAUACAACAGAACAGAAUAGUUCAGCUGAUAUAGUAUUAGUGAUCUCUAACAAACCAAAUGUACAAGGUCUUACUAGGGCAGAAAAAGCUAAAAUCGCCACAAAGGUGAUAUCCCACAAAGAUUAUAAGAGCAGAGAUGAUUUUGAUGAAGCACUGCAUGCUAGUUUGACGUCUGCUGGUAUUGAUAUUGUCUGCUUGGCAGGAUUUAUGAGAAUAUUAACAGGUGGUUUUGUGAGGAAGUGGCAUGGUAAAAUGUUGAAUAUUCAUCCAUCUCUCCUUCCCUCAUUCAAGGGACAUAAUGCACAUGAGCAAGUGAUCAAAGCCAAUGUUAGGAUAUCUGGCUGCACAGUACAUUUUGUAGCAGAGGAAGUAGAUGGCGGUGCAAUCAUAGUACAAGAGUCUGUACCAGUUUACCAUGGUGAUACAGAGGAGACAUUAGCUGAACGUGUCAAGAAAGUAGAGCAUACAGCAUUCCCUAAAGCUUUAGAGUUGGUUGCUAGUGAAAAGGCUUUGCUGGAUUCUGAUGGACUCAUCAGCUGGAGAUAAAUUUUCUUAAACAUUUUUAUAAAAAAAAAUUAGCUAUGCAAAGUUGACUUUCAACUUCUGAUCAAGAUGAAAUCUUUUAAUAAAACUUGUCCAAAAUUAUUCUGAUGAUGAGGCUUAACAAUGUAAUAUUUUUAUACAAUACACAAAUGUAGCUAAGGCAUAUAUAUAACAUUUGUCUAUCCAUACACAUGUAUAUCAAGCAUGGUUAAGUUUUUCAUUUCAGCUUGUUUUGUCAGAUACUUUGUGAUACCAAUCAUGUUAAUUAGUGUUAAUUAGUGUUAAUUAGUAUUAAUUAGUGCAACAGAAUGCAACAACUAUGACACAGUUAUAUGGAUUAACAUUUUUGGUAAUUUUCAGAUGAUGUCAAUUUCAGAAGAAGCCUUAUUAUAUCAUUGAUAUUUAAAUAUUGUAUAACUCUCAAACUGUAAAAUGAUUUGCUGUACUAAAUCUCUCUCUCACAUAAAAAUCACAGCUUCGAGUCUACCUGUGACCUACAUUUCAUAUGUGACUUUGGGUCUGUUUACAUUAGGUCCCUAUUCUAGAUUUGCUUAGUGAUAUAUCAAUGAUAUUUGACCAUUGUAUUUAUUCCUGUAAUAUUUUGGUAAUCAUGACUUACAAUUUAUCCAUUACAGACACAUAUAAAGUUUCACAUUUUAGGUCCAGGCCUUUCAGUCAUAAAUCUUUACUUGAUAUUUGGAGUACAAAAUUUGUGCUUGUAACAGUAAAUCCAGUAUUUUGAUUAUUAGAUUUCUGAUUCUUUAGUAUGACAAUCCUACUCAAAAUUUUAUAGACUGUAAGGCCAGGCUUUUUUUCACAUAUUUCAUUUGGAGGUGGGACAUAGAUUUCAUACAGCCCCAUCAUCUUAUUCAAUGUAAAAUAUUUUCUUUUUUUGCAAUAUUUUACAAUUAAUAAUAUAUUUAGUAAUAAGAAUGUUUUUUAAGUUAUAAUGCUUGACAUUUUCACAGUUAUAAAUAAAUCCAGUCCCACUAUUAACGCAAUCUUUCCCCUUCAUUGCUCACAAUCACAUUAAUUUACACUAUGAGCCCUGCAGUCAGGUAUUCUGAGUCACAUCCUUAAGUUAUCCUCUUUAAAUAAUAUUUUAUAGUUAUUGAUAAAGUAAUUUUGAUAUCUGAAUUAAUUUUUUGAAUGUUUUGUUACAAUAAGUCAGCUAACUUAAUACAUUUUUAUCAGCUCCAUGAAAAAAGUAGAUCACUGUGACUUACAUUUCUAUUAAAUACUGAAGUCAGUUUUUCUUCAGUAAUUAUACUGGCCUGUCUUGGACUAAAUGCUGGAAUAUAGGAGGGUCUGAAUGUGGGUUGGGUCUUUCAUUUCUGUAUUCUUUAUUUUUAUGCCUUCUUUCUCUGUCCUAUGUUUUUUUGGGCAAUUUAUUCUAUAGUCUUUAUCUUUUUGUUUGUUUUUUUGGCCCAUUACUUUCUAUUUUGUAAACCCCAAACCAAGCGCUUGUAAACAAACACUAACAUAUGUAUUAUAUGCUCCAUUACUAUUUGAUAUAAUACUAGGAAUGCACUUUGUAAUACUCAGAUUGAACAUGCUCACUGCUCUCAUUUAAAACUGAACAACAUACUCAAUGUCAUCUUUUACAAUUACUGCACCAUUCAUCAUGUUAUGUAAUGCUUUCAGUGUUUUUCAAAAACAUUUAUUUGUUUUAUUUCUGUUCCAUAGUAUGUUUAUUCAAUUAUUUGCCCCCAAGAAAAUUCAUAAGCAUUCUGAAAUGGAGAAAAUUUUCAAAUAACAUUUUGUUGUUGAAAUUUAUAGCUUAUGCUAAAAAUAAAAAGAGAAACUAUUCUUGAGGAAGUGUAGGACUAAGAAAUUUUUUUUAGGGGGGGGGGGGGGGCAAAUUUUGAUUUUUCCAUUUUCAUUAUGGCUAAUGAUUUUUGUGUGUGACAUAUUUGUUACAGUGUGGUAAAAAAGAAAUAAUUUGAAUAUUUCCAUGUAAUAGUCCAUGUAGCUAUCUUUUGUUCACACUUGAAUUAAUGAGUAAAGGGUGUUUUUUAAAGUUGCAGAUCUUUUCUGUUACUAUACAGCAAACAUUGUAGGAGUGAGGAAAUUUUACAGAAAAGUUGAAAACAGUAAAAAUCACCCCACAUAGAAAUAUAGUACUCAUAUCAAAUGCAUGUCAUCACCACUAGGUUGUUUUUGUGUUUAACAUUUACAUUAAUAUGAAGUGCCAUUAAUUUGAAAUACUGUUAGAAUACUUAGUGCUGUUGUUAUAUUCAGUAUGUGCCAUUGUACAUUUAUGUAAACAUUGGAUCUCAGAUAUUUUGUUAUUGAAUUGGUGCCUUAUAUCAUAUGAAUCUCUUUAUUCAAUAUUUUUACACUUUAUUUUGAGUUUAUAUUUCAAUAAAAUUUUGAUAACUUA